AUGGUUAGGGUGGGGUUAAUUCUCCGUAAAAGGAUAAUGGCACUUUUAAUUUUCCUACUCAUCAUCAAUGUUAAACUAAGUCCUAUUGUCAAAAAAAACAAAAAAAAAAAUAGAAAUAUACAAUAUAAAAUGAAAAAAAUAGAAAGAAAUAGAAAAAAACCAAAAUCCAAAAAUAAAAAAACAUUCAAAAUACAAGCAUAUCCUAAAAAGGAAAUCGAGGUGCACUUUUCAGAAGAGAUUACAAUCUCUAGUAUGUAUAUAACUAUAUAUCUAUUAUUUUGGGUAUCGAUAAAAUCCUUAAACGCUGUCGCUGGUAAUAGAUUUUUUCUCUUGUCCUUUUCUUUCUUAUUAUUUCUUUCUUUUGAAUCUGGGGUUGAAGACAAAGCUUCUAUUUGUGGAGGGAAAGAAAGAGAAAGUGUGUCUGCUUUUUUUUUUCACUCCUCUCUUUUUCCCUUUAUCUUCGAUUAG